GAGGGAGUUGCUCGCGUCGUGAGGUUUUAGGCAGCGUUUCCUCGCAGAACUUUUCGAGCCUGUGCGAGGGCUUACAAGGGUAACUCAGCGUUGGGCAUCAGGAUAAUUGAAAUAACAGUUGCAGAAGUAGACAUGCAGGGAGUUGUACCAGACUCCCGAGGUGACAUCCUGGCUUGAAGACUUGUACUGUUUUGUAGUUCUGUGUGAAGUUAGUUGUGACUUCACGUGAGGGAAUUCCUAUCUCUUGUCUCUGUUGUUCAUGUGGUUGAACUUUGUACCCUUUUACCGAUAAUAAGUGCGCAACCAUCUUGCUUGAAAGCUAGAGGCAGAAAAUGAAACAGUUCCGUGCAGCAAGGUGGAAGUCUGCUACACUUAACUGUAAAUUUUAAAGUGAUAUUAAACAAAUCUAGUAUCUUCCUUUGUUACCUCAUACACAUCCAACCUGAAAACUAGGGGUAAACAGAACUACAGAGGGGACAGCACCUAUAAGAGGAAUCUCUGAGAUAGGAUGGCAAGGAAUAACAGAGAAAGAGAAAAGACACGGGCAUCACUUUACAGACCCAGCUCUCUUCGACCACACUGUGGGAGGACUGAAUGCAAAUCAGUUCCAACCUGGAAAACAACUCAUCUUAAUCUGGAAUUGAAUCUGAAGUGCCUAACCAGUAGGAAGAAGAUGAGACUCCUUUUAUUUCUAAUAAUAUUCCAGUGUGCCAUAAACAGUGUGAAAACACACAGUGCUUCAAAUCCCAAUGUCAUUUUACUGAUGGCAGAUGAUCUUGGUAUUGGAGACCUAGGAUGUUACGGGAACAGAACCUUAAGAACCCCUAAUAUUGACAGACUGGCAGAGGAAGGAGUAACACUUACUCAGCAUAUAGCAGCAUCCCCACUUUGUACUCCAAGCAGGGCAGCUUUCAUGACAGGAAGAUAUCCUAUCAGAUCAGGAAUGGCUGCCUUCUCACGAGUUGGUGUCUUCUUAUUUUCUGCCUCUUCCGGGGGACUUCCUUCUGAAGAAAUCACUUUUUCCAGACUCCUGAAGCGGAGAGGUUAUGCAACAGCUCUAAUAGGAAAGUGGCAUCUUGGGAUGAACUGUGAAAGCAGUAAUGACUUCUGUCACCACCCCCUCAGUCAUGGAUUUGAUUACUUUUAUGGGCUUCCCGUGACCAAUUUUAGAGACUGCAAACCUGGCCAAGGCAGCGUAUUUUUAAAAGGGGUUCAGAAAUCACUUGUCAUCCCAAUCCAAAUUACUGUAAUCACCCUGGUCUCUUUGGCAAUAGUGCAGUACAUUGGCCUCCUCAAAAUACCUCUCCAAGCAUUGGGUUACUGCUUGUUAAUAACCACAAUUUCACUUGUGGGUUUGAUUUUUUUCUUUUAUCAUUUUCGACAUCUGAACUGUUUCUUAAUGAGGAACCAUCAGAUUAUCCAACAACCUCUAUCCUAUGAGAACCUUACUCAGAGACUGACAAAGGAAGCUGUGCAGUUUAUAGGAAGGAAUACUGAUGCACCAUUUCUUCUUGUCCUGUCUUAUCUCCAUGUUCAUACUGCUCUAUACGCUUCAAGAAAUUUCAAAGGAAAGAGCAAGCAUGGUUUAUACGGGGAUGCAGUGGAGGAAAUGGACUGGAGUGUAGGACAGGUUCUGGGUGUGUUGGAGAAAUACAAGCUGAGUAAUAAAACUCUUGUGUACUUCACAUCUGAUCAAGGGGCUCAUGUUGAAGAAAUCUCCAGUUCUGGAGAAGUCCAUGGAGGAUACAAUGGCAUAUAUAAAGGUGGUAAAUCAACAAACUGGGAAGGAGGUAUUCGUGUGCCAGGGCUUCUCCGUUGGCCUGGGGUGAUACAGGCUGGUGUCUAUAUCAAUGAGCCGACAAGUAACAUGGACAUAUUUCCUACCAUCGUCAACCUUGCCAAGGCACAGUUACCCACUGACCGAAUUAUUGAUGGACAUGAUCUGAUGCCCUUACUUCAAGGAAAAGUUACCCGAUCCAAACACGAAUUUCUCUUCCAUUACUGUAAUGCAUAUUUAAAUGCAGUGCGCUGGCACGCAGAAAACAGUGCAGGAACUGUUUGUUCUAUUAGGCUCAGCAGCUGUUCUGUGCUGCCUGACUGAGGUAUCAAAAAUUACAAUUUUUCUACUGCUCUGAUUUCUUCUUGCCUUAAUGUGGCCUUUCUUUCAUACCCUCCUUAGCUUUGGAUGCUGGCUCUGUAUCUCCUAUCUUAAAAUGUCCACACCCCUCAAAUACUUCUCCACCUAUUUCUUUGCCACUCAGUCCUCCCAUUUGCUUGUCAAUUUUGACUGCGAUGGCCAUUUUGCUCUAAUCAGAUAAAAUGAGAAGAGGUCUUCAUGAAAAGGUUUGGCUUUUAGGGCUCCUUGACUCUGCUAACCUACUUAUUUAAGGUCUAGCAAGGAUUAACUUUGCAUUACAAAAUCUAAGAAAUUAAACACACCCAAGACAUCCUGAAAAAUAAAAGUUAUUUCUCAUUUGUGGCACAAACUUCAUAUUUUCCCAAGUAUAAUUUAGUACAACAUUUAAUAUUUUGACUUAAGCAGUAAAAUCCAAAAUCCGUUUUUACAAUUUUUCCUUCAAGAAAGAUUCUGCUAAGAAUAGGAUGGUAUUUUUCAUCCUCUGUGUUAAUGUCAUUUCAUUUACUGCCUAAAAUAAACCUCCUCUGUAUUGCAAAUGUAUUAUACCUUUCAGUACUGUACCUUAUGUUCUGAAGAUAGCAUGUCAGGUCAUGGUAAUUAAAGUAGACUUGUUUAUCUGCAAAACAAAAUGAGAAGCACCGUAUACUGUUUUGGUAAUGGCACUGCCUGAUCUAACAAGGAAAAAUUGUUUUUCACAACAGGCUAUUGAUGGGAUAUACGUGAUUCACAAUUUAUUAGCAAGGAGGGCUCAAGGAGAAUGUGCUGCUCUGGUACUUAGAGACUGACUUUCAAUUUAUCAUUUAAUGAGCUCUGUAUUGUAACACGGUGUCUGUUUGUAGACUAUGUCAGUUUAAACUGGGAGUUAAGCUUCAGAGGGAUGUGUAUUCCUCUACAGUGUUAUUUAACAGUACCACGUCCUAGUUUUUCACAGAGUUCCUGUAUGUCCCAGAGCAAGACAUUUAACUCUGUUUCUCAGAUCCUCCUCUGCACUCAAAGAAGGGAAAGAGUAUUUCUCUGACUGUGGGAAUACUGAAAGAACAAAAAAAGCUGGAAGUGGUAAACUGGUAAAGAAUCACAGAAUAGUUUGGAUUAGGAGGGACCUUAAAUAUUACCUAGAUCCAACCCUCCUGCAUGGACAGGAACACCUUCCACUAAACAAAGUUGCUCCAAGCCCCAUCCAGUCUGGCCCUGAGCACUUCCAGGGAUGGGGCAGCCAUGGCUUCCCUGGGCAACCUGGCCCAGUGUCUCACUACACUCACAGGAAAGAAUUUCAUCCUCAUAUCUAAUCUAAAUCUCCCCAAUUCCAUCUUGAAACCAAUCAUUCCCCCUCAUCCCAUCACUCCAUGCACCUUCAAGUCAAUUAGGCAUCUCCUCUACAGAAGGUACAGUUUAAGAGCUGGAACACUAGACAUAUAAGAUCCUCCUAUACAAGGAUGUGUAAGAUAUCCUUAACUUCAGGUUUGCAGAUUGGUUCUGUGCUUACUGCACAUGUUGGAUGGGGGCCUGGAGGGCAGGGAGGAGAUGGCUAAAAAAAGAUGCACACUGGGGAUUCAGACAAAGACAUCAGUCACAUUUCUCUGAUUAUUUUCUUUUAGCAGACAUAGGAAACUAUAUUAAAUUAUUUAAAUAUUAUUUUCCCCUUGGGGAGUGAAUGUUGCAGGUUCCUGACUCUUAAAAAUAGAGAUGUCCUGACUUGCCUCAAAUUACUGUGUCAGAAAAAAAAAGAAAAAAAAGAAAAGAAAAGAAAAGAAAAGAAAAGAAAAGAAAAGAAAAGAAAAGAAAAGAAAAGAAAAGAAAAAUAAAAUAAUGGAAAUAUGAGCCUUUGGAGAUUAGUGUCAGCUCACUAAAAUCCAACUGAAAGUUUGCAGAGAACUAAGUAAAUAUGGUCUGUAUCCUUAACAGCUCAGUGAGAAUCAUCACUUAUAGAAUCAUCACAAUAGCUUUUUUCACAUUGCACUAAUGUGAGAUCUGUGUGUUCAGAUGUGUGGACAAUGUAGAAAAUUUCACAUACGAUGUCGCGUAAUAUAGGAACAAAAGGAAAAAUAAAUAAAAAGAGGGCAAGCGUAAAUACAAAAAUCCUGUGUACAUAUUCUAAACAUAGGGGGUUUAACUUACAUUAGGACAUGAUAGGUCUGUACAGACAGACCAUUUUAUCUUCUCUGUCAUUUCUCUUCCCUCUGGCAUUGCCUGCAGCAUCUGAAAUAAGCUCUGAGGCUCUUACUUUCAGGAGGAGCCCACCUUGCCCAAGUAUACUACAAGCAGGGUGGCUGGCCCUGUGAGCAGGAGGAAGCACUGGCAUAGCAGAACUCUGCACUGGGAAGCACCGCAGAGAAAGUGGUUUCUGGGGGCUAUCUCCAACCUGAAGACAGACCUACAAACUUCUGGUUCCUCUGGGUCUGUCAGGACUGCAGUGUAUUCUGCAGCAGCAUCCUCCAGUGUCAGAGUGUCAGGUGGAAAUCUGCUGGGGGAACCAUAGGAUGAAGGACCCCAUGCCUCAGAGUAAACACACCAACCAGGCUAUUCAGGAGGUGAGAGAUCUUAAUCUGGGUAUAAAACAUCAACAGUUACACAUUUUGUUCACUGGAAGACCAAAUGACCUGAGUCAGGCUCUGAGGGCUCCUGCUUUUAUAGGCUGCUAAAACUACAAAUAAUUCAGGGAGUCCAGAAAACACCAUGAUAGCUUAUGUGGCAUUUCUGAAAUAUUUUGGUGUUCUUAGUAUUUUUUGCUUAUAUCAAAACCAGUAAGAAUCUGCCUAAAACUUCACCUGUACUGCAAAAAAAAAUUGUUGCAAAUUUUUCACAAGACUACCCACAAUAGCCUUAACCUGAUAGUUCAGUGCUGAGAGCAGCAAGCAUGCUUCAGCAAAAAGUUCAGUGACUGAAGGGUUUUUAUGGUGUUGGAAAAAUGCUGAAUUCCAGUCUCCCACUAAAGCUUGCACUAUGCUGGCUAGUAAGACAAAAACUGACUUGAUUAUCCUUGCAGCUCUAAUUGUACUGUCAAAUUAUGAAACAUUGCAGACCUUGCAGGAUGUGGAUUAUAGGCCUUGCAAUGCUCAUACAGCAUCUCCUGAUUACUUCAAAAACAUUCCUUUAAUAUAAAUCAUGCCAGAUUCCCUAUGUAGAUUAACUUUAGUCUUAUCUAUAGAAAAAUGGUGCAGCAGGUACUUUCCUUGCAAAAGAAAACUAUAUUUGAAAAGAACAGAUUCAGUAUAUAUGGUCAGCUACAUUAAAAAAAAAAAAAAACAAACACAUUCAACAUGAUUUACUCUACAGUUAUCAAAUAAUAAAGCUUUUUUAUGCAGAUAAUAUUUUAUUGUACAUUAUUUAUGUGAAAAAUACUGUGAAAUAUUUGAAAUUAUAAGGCAGAGCUCUUCAUUGUGACAUAUUUUAAGAGAAUUUGAUAUGAAGUUGCUUUGGGUAACAAUAUUUAUCACAAAAGAUUAGACACAAAGCAUCACAAAAGCCUCAUGGACUCAAGUUUGUCUGCAAGAGAAUAACUUUGGUUUAAUAUGGUCUUCAUUGCUCGCAAAUGAAGAGCAAAUCUAUGAAGAAAAGUUAUCCCAACUUUAAAAAUGGUUUGCCUGUCCUGAUAGUGACAAAAAGAAUACUAGAAGUCUGAACCAUGUUAAAGAACUUCCUCCAUAUUUUUUUUCCUUUUUAUGUUAUAAUUUCUCCUGCCGAGC